AUGCGACUUCAAUUAUUUUCGCGACGCACAUUUUUGUGUCGUCAUUUCUCCGCAUCGAAGUUUGAUGGCAAAAUUCCUUUGGAAUGUUUGCAAAAGACGGUCACUUAUCUAGAGGACCAGCAAACUCCUCAGGUUGAACUUCGUAUUCCAUUGAAAGCCGAUUGGAUCCCAGCGAGAAUAGCGGAAAAUCUGAGAACACGUUUUCCACACAGAGUUGAUAGAAACGAUCUGUUAGUGAUUGAAUCAUGUCGAACCUAUUCGGAGCAGCUGAAUAUGGCUGAUUGUAUCGAUAAAUUACGCAGUGCAAUGCUGGAGUGUCAGGCUGUUUUGGAUGGCGCGGAAAACCCUAAAGCAAAAUUAGACUCAAGAGUUGAAAUGAAGCUUGAUAUAAAACGACGACUUGCUGCAUUCGAAAACAAAGAUUAG